GGACGGGCUUGUGAUUCCUAAUGUGUGUUUGUGGCGGAGGGACAACAAGGAGGACGACAAACUCAUACGUCCAGCCACACCGCGUUGCUGUAGGAGGGUGACCGUGUUGGAAACCGAUGACGAUGAAGCAUCAUUCUUCACUUCUUCAGCCCGCCGCACCCAUGAAUACACUGCUGACCCAGUGAUUCUACUUUUUGAAAUAGAAGAGGACAACACAGACGCGAAGAAUUUUACUGCGGGACACUUCCACAAAGCCAUACCUCCGAAUCUCUGGAGAGCUAUCCAGGCUACCCUCACCUUGCGUCGAAUUCCUUAAUUUCUGAAGAGUCAAACGCCAGAAUGGACGACGGCGUCAGCAAGAACCCAACAAUGCCUACCAUGCGUUCCGUCAGUGAACCUCAGCGCACCAACUCGAUGACGGACAAUAUCAAAAGCAUGUUCUCAAACUUGAAGAAAGCAGCCUCAGUCGGCGGCAACAGCAAACCAUACAAUGCAGACCCUCUCGCCAUGGACGACGACCCUCUUCCUGACUGUCCACGUAUACUCGAAGGCCGCCUCAACCAGCACCUAGGCCAGCUCGAUCGUCUUCGCCGGGCUGUGAAGUGGCGAAACAAAGAGAUCAAAGAGGUCUACGACGAAGCGGCUUACGAACGACGUGUCAAUCCCAACGGCACUACUCUGGUGAACCAGAUGAUGGCGGAGAUUGAGUUCCUUCGUGCUAAUCGCAACAACUACGCGAGGUUCGUCGAGGCCCAGCACUAUCAGAUCCAACGCAUUGCGGAUAAGAGGGCGGAGAUCGACAAGAAACAGGGUCAGGAGUGUACUGUGUACGAGAUGUAUAUGAGUCUGAAGCGCAGAGAUGAAUGGGCGGAGCUGUUCUCGUUUUAGGACUGCAAUGUUGGCAGGGUGGUCCUGUUCGGCCUGGAUUCACGGUGCAUAAGGGGUUGAGUCGAGACAUGAACGUUUGAGGGUAGAAGAGCAUGGCAGGAGAACAUUGUCGAUGGACUU